AUGGUAUGCGCUUCCCUAGCAGAUCUAGCGUUUUAUGAAGAUUUGAAAACAAAAUAUGCGAGCGAAGCGUUUGAACCAGUCACAACAUCAAUGAAAGAUUCUGUAUCGAAAAACAUAAAUUGCGACGAAUUUUCCGAUUAUGCCCUCAAUUGUACUGUGGAAGCAGCCAUGAUGUAUAACUCUAGUAGAAUGACACCUCCAGCACCAACUAAGAUUGGUGAUUGGUGUAGAGCAAUAAAACAUCUGAUUAGCUGUGCUAUAGAUUGGAACGUUGAUUGCAAAGACGUCACCGAGAGCCACUUCAAUGAGGAUAGUAUUAAGGGUCAUAUACACGUCGCCAAUAAUAUAUGCGACGAUGAGUGGUUGUUGUUACGCUACGAGGAGCUAUCGGAGUGUAUUGAUAGUACACAGGACCCGUGGGAAGCUUGCUACAAGGCGUUCAAGAAGUCUGUUGAGGAACAAAAGAAUACUACGCACGAGUGGACGCAUUAUGAUGUUCAUUUUAAUUUGUGUUGCACCAGGGCCAGAUUCAGACGGUGUACACUAGAGGCGUUGUUUGACCUACCAACGAGUUGCACUCAUAACCAGGCGGUGACGUUGCAGAAAUUCUCCGUCAUUGUCUCUGAAGGUGGAGUGUAUCAGGAUUGUGACCGCAACAUGAUGUACCCAAAUUGUCCAGGGGGUGAUCCACGACCCACGAGCAAGAUGCUGCGUCGUUUAGUGAGCAGUGACGUCAGCAAUUCGUCAUGGGACAGGGCACUGAGUGUGACAACGAUUUGUAUACUUUUUAUUAUUGCUAUUGUAAAAUAAAUAAUAUUAUGUUUG